AUGCACCCACUGGGCUUGUGUAAUAACAACGAUGAAGAGGACUUGUAUGAAUACGGCUGGGUAGGUGUGGUGAAGCUGGAACAGCCAGAGUUGGACCCGAAACCAUGCCUCACUGUCCUGGGCAAGGCCAAGCGGGCAGUGCAGCGGGGAGCUACUGCGGUCAUCUUUGAUGUGUCGGAAAACCCAGAAGCUAUUGACCAGCUAAACCAGGGCUCAGAAGACCCGCUCAAGAGGCCAGUGGUGUACGUGAAGGGUGCAGAUGCCAUCAAGCUGAUGAACAUUGUCAACAAGCAGAAAGUAGCUCGAGCGAGGAUUCAGCACCGCCCCCCUCGACAACCCACUGAGUACUUCGACAUGGGGAUUUUCCUGGCGUUCUUCGUCGUCGUCUCCUUGGUCUGUCUCAUCCUCCUUGUCAAAAUCAAGCUGAAGCAGCGGCGCAGUCAGAAUUCCAUGAACAGGCUGGCUAUCCAAGCUCUACAGAAGAUGGAAACCAGGAAGUUCAACUCCAAGAGCAAGGGGCGCCGGGAGGGGAGUUGUGGGGCGCUGGACACGCUCAGCAGCAGCUCCACGUCCGACUGCGCCAUCUGCCUGGAGAAGUACAUCGACGGGGAGGAGCUGCGGGUUAUCCCCUGUACUCACCGCUUUCACAGGAAGUGCGUGGACCCCUGGCUGCUGCAGCACCACACCUGCCCCCACUGUCGCCACAACAUCAUAGAGCAAAAGGGAAACCCGAGCGCCGUGUGCGUGGAGACCAGCAGCCUCGCGCGCAGCCGGCAGCAGAGGGUGAUCUUGCCGGUGCACUACCCCGGCCGCGUGCACAGGACCAACGCCAUCCCGGCCUACCCUACCCGCACGAGCAUGGACUCCCACGGGAACCCCGUCACCCUGCUGACCGUGGACCGGCACGGGGAGCAGGGCCUCUACUCCCCGCAGACCCCCAGCUACAUCCGUGGCUACCCGCCCCUCCACCUGGACCCCGCCCUGGCCCCUCACCGUUGCGGCCUGGAGCACCGGGCCUACUCCCCAGCCCACCCCUUCCGCAGGCCCAAGUUCAGCGGCCGCAGCUUCUCCAAGGCAGCUUGCUUCUCCCAGUACGAGACCAUGUACCAGCACUACUACUUCCGGGGCCUCAGCUACCCGGAGCCCGAGGGCCAGGCCCCGGCCAGCCUCGCUCCCAGGGGCCCGGCGCGUGCCUUUCCCCCAGGCGGCGGCGGGGGCGGCGGCAGCGGGGGUGGCGGCGGCGGGGGCGGCCUGCUCUUCCCCACCGUGGUGCACGUGGCCCCGCCGUCCCGCCUGGAGAGCGGCAGCACGUCGAGCUUCAGCUGCUACCACGGCCACCGCUCGGCGUGCAGCGGCUACCUGGCCGACUGCCCGGGCAGCGACAGCAGCAGCAGCUCCGGCCAGUGCCACUGCUCCUCCAGCGACUCCGUGCUGGACUGCACCGAGGUCAGCAACCAGGGCGUGUACGGGAGCUGCUCCACCUUCCGCAGCUCCCUCAGCAGCGACUACGACCCCUUCAUCUACCGCAGCCGGAGCCCCUGUCGCGCCAGCGAGGUGGGGGGCGCGGGUGGCUCGGCCCGGGGGCCGCCCGAGGAGCUCCCGGCGGCCCACAGUCAAGGUGCUGGGCGGGGAGAGCCCUGGCCCGCGCCUGCCUCGCCCUCGGGGGACCAGCUGUCCACCUGCAGCCUGGACAUGAACUACAGCAGCAGCUCCUCCCUGGAGCACAGGGGUCCCGCUAGCUCUACCUCAGAAGUGGGGCUCGAGGCUUCUCCCGGGGCUGCCCCAGACCUCAGGAGGACCUGGAAGGGGGCCCGCGAGGGGCUGUCGUGUGCCUGCUGCUGCGAGCCCCAGCCCUCCACACUGGAGCCCAGCGUCGCAGUGGCGGGGGGCAGCACGUCGUUCCUGGGCCCCACGGGCAGGGAGGCGCAGCCGGGGAGCGCCCAGGGCCUGCACGGCCUUCACCCAGACCGUUUGCCCAGGACAGAAGGGGUGAAGCGCGAGGGCCUGCCCUGCUGCUUCUAUGAAGAGAAGCAGGUGGCCCGUGCCAGCGGAGGGGGCAGUGGCUGCUACGCCGAGGACUGCUCGGUGAGCGUGCAGUACACGCUCGCCCAGGAGCCCCCGCCCGGCUGCCCCCCGGGGGCCCGGGACCUGAGCCGGCGCAUCCCCAUUAUUCCGGAGGAUGUGGACUGUGACUUGGGCCUGCCCUCGGACUGCCAAGGGACCCAUGGCCUCGGGCCCUGGGGUGGGACACUGGGCCCGGAUGCCCUGCGGCCCCACCGAGGCCUAGGAGCGAGCCAGGAAGAAAAGCCGGUUCUUUGCUGCCAGGCCAGGGCUCCGCUCCCGCCCGGCUGCCCUCCGGAGGGUGCAGAGGCCGCCGGGGCCAGCUUUCCCGGGGCCCCCCAGGACACUCAGGAGUCCAGCGCCCCCGCCACUGAGGCUGCAGGACAGAGAUCUCCCCCAGCAGACGGCGGCACGGGAGCCUGAGCUCAGAAGGAAUCUUCCGUGGAAAUGGGGACUGUAUGGAGACUCCCAAGCUCUGACUUCCUUCAGAAAAAAAAAAAAAAAGAUUUUUUUUUUUUUUUUUUUUUAGCUUUGACAAACACACAAAAGUGGUAAUAAAGCGAGCCCUCCUUCUCAACCCAAAAUGUGAGCCGCCUGUGGCAAACUGCCCCCACCCCUCCAUUAACAAACCAACAGACAAAAUUCUCUGAGUCUUUUGCCUCUUUUGAUAACAUGGUAUAUUCUGUU